ACAAUGCCAGCAGAAACAAAUUAUCUGGCGGUAGCGGUAUCUUUCCUCCAGUUACUUCCUCUACGCUUCAGUCAAUCGAUUGAGCCAUAGCAAAUCCAUCCAUCAUGCCCAAGUCAAAGGAGGUGCUGUCCACCACAUCAGGAAGCGAUUCAGACAGUGAAGUAGAGAAAAAGGCAAAGAGAAAGAAGGCAAGCGUCCCCGAGAAACCUGCGAAGAAGCAGAAAAGUGGAGAGAGCUCAAGGGCCGGCGGCUCUUCCAAACCUGACGGAAAUAAAGACGACAACUUAUUCCAGAUUGGAAAGAUGAGGUAUGUCAGUGUCAGAGAUUUUAAAGGCAAGUGUUUGAUUGACAUUCGAGAGUACUGGAUGGACCAAUCAGGUGAAAUGAAACCUGGCAAAAAAGGUAUUUCCUUGAACCCAGAGCAGUGGACCCAGCUGAAGGAACAAAUGUCUGACAUCGAUGAUGCAAUCAGAAGAUCAUAAUGAACUAAUCUAAGCGCAUUAAAAGGUUGAACAGGUUUUUAGGAGUUUGCCUCCCAACUUUUGUAAAGGCACUUUGUUAAUGGACCAUUAUUACUUGUGCUGUAAGUUUGCAGGAAACUGGAGUUAGAUUUGUUUUCUUUGUUUAUUUUUUUUUGUUCAUGUGAGCUAUUGAGUGUAAACCAGAAAAAAAACUGUUCAUUAAAUCAUGCACAUGCAAUAGCCCCAGAAGUGUGUGUGUGUGUGUGUGUGCGUGCGUGCUUUUGUGUGUGAUCUGGACGUGGAGUUGUUUUGUUGUUGUUGUUUUGUUUUUUGCUUUUGAUUAGGAUGAUGGUGGACUUCUUUGUUUUUCGGCUCCAUGGUAAUAAAUGCCGUUUUGUGUGGCGGCUCAGUGAACGCUCUCACGGCUACAUCUCA